UACUUAUAUCAGUAAAAUAUAACAUUGUAGCCGUGAAUAAUAAAACACUUUGUAAACACUAAGGGAGCAAACAUUAGUUGCUCUUUUUUGUGAAUAAAAAGAUUACCAUAUCAAAACGAAGAGGAUCGUCUCUUAAAAACCUGAUUUCAAAUCAACAAGUCAUGCUGAAAGCCCCAAAAUAUUUACUUAUAUUCGGGAGGCUUUGGCUGGAUUCCCAUUAAUAGUUAAAAAUCGAGAGCGAAAUGUUGAGGAGCUGACCGCUAUCUCUCGUAUUUAAAGCUGCAGUCCGCCCAAAACAACUCUCAUAUACAAAGUGUUUCGCGGGCGAAGCGGUCGUCUUGUCGUCACUUGCGAUCGAAAAUGUGGUUCGUGUUGUAUAUUAUUUUGGCAUUGCCUCUUCUGUUGGCGGCAUACUUAGAGUUGAGCACGUUCCGCCGUAAAAAAGUGUUAAAUAAGUUCAAUGGUCCCCGUGGACUGCCCCUCGUGGGAAAUGCUCAUCAAACGGGCAAGAAUCCCACAGAAAUUCUGGAUAAAGUUUUCGAAUGGUGGGAUCAGUUUGGCAGGGACAACUAUGUCUUCUGGAUUGGCUCAUACUCAAAUGUGCUGGUCACAAAUCCCAAGUACAUGGAGUUUAUACUUAGCAGUCAGACGCUGAUCUCAAAGUCCGAUAUUUAUAAAUUAACCCAUUCCUGGCUGGGACUGGGACUUCUGACCAGCACUGGCAGUAAGUGGCACAAACACCGAAAGAUGAUCACACCGUCGUUCCACUUCAACAUCCUGCAGGACUUCCAUGAGGUGAUGAACGAGAACUCCAACAAAUUUAUUAAGCACUUGAAGAAGGUUGCUGCCGGGGAUAAUAUCUUCGACUUCCAGGAUCAAGCACAUUAUCUAACCUUGGAUGUAAUUUGUGACACUGCCAUGGGUGUGUCCAUCAAUGCCAUGGAGAAUCGGAGCUCUUCUAUAGUCCAGGCUUUUAAAGAUAUGUGCUACAACAUCAACAUGAGAGCUUUCCACCCCCUUAAACGUACGGAUCUACUGUACCGAUUUGCCCCUGAAUAUCCGGCGUAUAGUAGAUCAUUGAAGACCCUUCAGGACUUCACCAACGAGAUCAUCGCCAAGCGAAUUGCAGUCCACAAAGCGGGAGAAGUUUCGACCAGCCAAGGAGAUGAGUUUACUCGCAAGAAAAUGGCCUUCUUGGAUACUCUGCUAUCGUCCACGGUCGAUGGCCGACCUCUGACCUCUACUGAGCUGUACGAAGAGGUCUCAACCUUCAUGUUCGAAGGCCACGACACAACCACCUCCGGGGUAGCAUUCGCCGUGUAUUUGCUCUCCAGACAUCAAGAUGAACAGCGUAAACUGUUUGAGGAGCAACGUAAGGUCAUGGGUGAUUCUGGAUUGGAGCGCGAUGCCACUUUCCAGGAAAUCUCCCAAAUGAAAUACUUGGAUCUGUACAUAAAGGAGGCCCAGCGUUUAUAUCCCAGUGUACCCUUUAUCGGGCGUUAUACAGACAAGGACUAUGUGAUUGAUGGUGAUCUCGUACCCCAGGGUACCACUCUCAACUUGGGUAUCAUAAUGCUGGGAUAUGAAGAAAGAGUUUUCAAGGAUCCUCACAAAUUUCGACCAGAACGAUUUGAGCUGGAGAAACCAGGACCGUUCGAGUAUGUGCCCUUCAGUGCAGGUCCACGAAACUGCAUUGGGCAGAAGUUCGCUCUUCUGGAGAUCAAGACAGUGGUAUCCAAAAUCAUUCGGAAUUUCGAGGUUCUGCCAGCUGAAGAUGGACUUGAAUCUAAGGAUGGCUAUGUAAAUACCACCCUGGGAUUACCUCCAGCAGAGAGGAAAAAGCGCGAUGCAUAUCGUCACAAAUAUGAUCCAUUACUAUCCGCUGUACUAACACUAAAAUCCGAAAAUGGUCUCUACAUUCGAUUGAAGGAAAGACACAUGUGGAUCGUACUUUGUAUUCUUCUUGGCCUUCCUUUGGUUUUGGUGGCCUAUUUUGAAUUAAGAUCUCUGAGGAGAAAACUAAUGCUAAACAAGUUCCAAGGGCCAAGUAUGUUGCCCGUGGUGGGAAAUGCACAUCAGAUGGGAAAGACGCCUACAGAAAUAUUAAACCGAUUUUUUGGCUGGUGGCAUGAGUAUGGAAAGGAUAACUUUCGCUACUGGAUUGGUUUCUACUCGAACAUCAUGGUCACUAGCCCCAAGUACAUGGAGUUUAUCCUCAGCAGUCAGACUCUGAUAUCCAAGUCGGAUGUCUAUGAUCUCACACAUCCCUGGCUGGGACUGGGACUUCUGACCAGCACUGGUAGUAAGUGGCACAAACACCGCAAGAUGAUCACUCCGGCCUUCCACUUCAACAUCCUGCAGGACUUCCAUGAGGUUAUGAACGAAAACUCCAGUAAGUUCAUAGAUAAACUAAAGAAUGUGGCGGACGGAGACAAUAUCUUCGACUUCCAGGAGGAAGCUCAUUAUCUGACCUUGGAUGUUAUCUGCGACACUGCCAUGGGAGUGUCUAUCAAUGCCAUGGAUAACCGAAGCUGCGCUGUUGUACAGGCAUUCAAAGAUAUUACCUACACUAUCAAAAUGAGAGCCUUUAAUCCCUGGAAGCGCAAUGAAUAUCUCUUUCGCUUGGCCCCUGAAUAUCCUGCUUAUAGUGAGACUCUGAAAACCCUGCAGGACUUUACCAAUAGGAUAAUAGCAAAGCGAAUUGAGGCUCGAAAAUCUAGCGUGGAUUCAAAAAGCCAGGAAGAUGAGUUCUCCCGCAAGAAGAUGGCUUUUUUGGAUACUUUACUUUCAUCCACAGUCGAUGGUCGGCCAUUGACUUCCCAAGAGCUUUACGAAGAAGUAUCAACAUUUAUGUUCGAGGGUCACGACACAACCACAUCUGGAGUUGGGUUUGCAGUCUACCUGCUCUCCAGGCACCAAGAUGAGCAGAAAAAGUUAUUCGACGAACAGUGUGAGGUGAUGGGUGAUCAGGACUUGGAUCUGUUUAUAAAGGAGGCGCAACGGCUAUACCCAAGUGUACCCUUCAUUGGUCGUUUUACGGAGAAGGAUUAUGUGAUUGAUGGCGACGUUGUUCCGAAAGGCACCACUUUAAACCUGGGUCUUCUUAUGUUGGGAUACAAUGAUCGUGUUUUCAAGGAUCCCCAUAAGUUCAGACCAGAUCGAUUUGACUUGGAGAAACCGGGUCCCUUUGAGUACGUUCCCUUCAGUGCAGGUCCACGAAACUGCAUUGGUCAGAAGUUUGCACUGCUGGAGAUCAAGACAGUGGUGUCCAAGAUCAUUCGAAAUUUCCAGGUACUGCCAGCCCUGGAUGAGCUGGCUUCUAAGGAUGGGUAUAUCAGUACGACCUUGGGACUUCCUCCAGCAGAGAAGGAGAAACGCGAUGCUCAUAUCCAUAAAUAUGAUCCGAUUUUAUCGGCUGCGAUGACUCUGAAGUCUGAGAAUGGUUUGCAUCUGCGCAUGAAGCAGAGACUUUAAAUCUGAUAAUUUGUAAAA